GUCAUAUAAUGAAAUCUUCUUCACUUUCUCUCUUCAAAAUUAUUCUUCAGCUAGGUGCCAUGAUUGUACAAAGAAGGCUUGUAUCAGGUUUCACAUGGGUUACCGGCUGGAAUUUGAAGAAUAUUCGCUCAAAAAAUGAUUGCCUGGAAAUACGCUAUGAGAAUGAAGGGAACCCGUCGAAAUUAAUAAUGCCGUUCGUUUGGCUCAGGGAUCACUGUACUUCUCAGAAACUUUAUCAUCUUCCAACAAAUCAAAGAAAGUCGAACUGCUGUGAUAUAACAAGCUUAUCCAAAAUAAAGCAUUCCAAUCAAGUAAUAAUUGAUGAAGCAACAAAUUCACUGCAAAUAGUUUGGAUCGACGGGCAUCAAUCAAAAUUUAAAAUUGGAAACAUUAUCAGAGAAGGGAAAGUAGAAAAAAAUGUCUCAAAUGAUAAUAAAAUUUAUGAAUUAUGGAAUUCUAAAAGCUUGAAAGAUGUACCGCGAAUUUCAAAAUCUACCCUUUCUCUUCAGAGCUUUUCGAAAAACUUAGUGAAGUAUGGUGUGAUCAUAGUAGACGGCGUAGAAGGAACAUCAGAAGCGACGGAAAAACUUUGCCAAAGUUUGGUUCCAGUCCAUGACACAUUUUUUGGCCAAUUUUGGGUUUUCAGCAAUUCAGCAACAAAUGACGAACCUGCAUACGAAGACACUGCUUACGGAAGCGAUGAAAUUGGGCCUCAUACCGAUGGUACAUAUUUUGAUCAGACACCUGGAAUUCAAGUGUUCCAUUGUCUCACACCUGCAAAAACUGGCGGAGAUACGGUUUUGGUAGAUUCGUUUUAUUGCGCUGAGAAGUUGAGAAACGAAAGCCCAGAAGAUUUUGAGAUACUUUGCAAUACUAAGAUAUCUCAUCACUAUCUUGAAGGUUCUCCACCAGGUUCUUCUAUUCACAGUGUCAGUUUAGAAAAACCAGUAAUUGAAAGAAAUUCCUUUGGAAAUAUUACACAAAUUAGGUUUAAUCCCUAUGAUCGCGCUCCAUUCUCAUGUCUGAAUUCAUCUGAAGCUUCCGCAGCGGAAACAAUUAAAUUCUAUGAAGCAUAUGAAAAGUUCUCAAAAAUCUGCCAUAAUCCAGACAACUCUAUCGAGAUUUCUCUACGACCUGGAUCAGUGAUCUUCAUUGAUAAUUUUAGAAUAUUACAUUCAAGAACAUCAUUUCAAGGAUAUCGACAAAUGUGUGGAUGUUAUUUAUCACGAGAUAAUUUUAUGGCAAAAGCCAUUCCAUUUCUAUCAGGGAAGUCACAAACUUCUUUAUGAAUAUUUGAAUGAAUCGAUAUUUAUUUAUGAACCAAAUAAAUUCUUGAAUUAAUUAAAAAUAU